UUAGGACCAUAGAAAUAUUAUUUAAGAUAACCAAUUUAUAAGUUUUCAUUUUAGGAUGUUAAUAUACCGCAAGCAAACGAAAAUUUCCCCUGCACUUAUUAUGAAUUAUUGAAAUCUUUUACGGAAACCGUUUCAUAGCUGGAAGAAGCAGAAGGUCUAGUAGCUUCUUCAAAGGCUAUAGUGGACACUUUGAGCACCCUUGCUGUAACAUUGGAUACAUUAAAAGGAGAAGAGGUACCGUUAAACAGUAUGUUAUCACCCAUUACAUGUAAAGUAUUGAAUAAUAAGUUGACUGUAACAGAAAAUGAUGAUCAAUUUAUGGCUUCUAUUAAAUCUGUUAUCAAAAGCAAGCCUCAAUAUUUUAUUUUAUCUGAUGACCAUUUAACGUUUUCGGCUUUAUUGGAUCCAAGAUUUCAUCGUUUAAUAACUGUUAACAAUUUUAACAAAUGCUUGCAAAUCCUAACUGAGAAAUUUAAUAGAAUUAGUGAAAGCCAAGGUUUUGAUAGUUCGAUACAAGUUGGAGAAGUUCGACCAAAGACGCCUUUAAACACAAAUGUGAAGAAAUCAAAUUUAGAGUUAUUUUUUGAUUUGACUGAAACACCUCCGGAGCAGCUGGCAAAUGAGCAAAGCAAUGUCGAAGCUGACAUAAAACGCUGUCGAACCGAAGUCUAUGUCAGUCUAGACGAAUCACCUUUUGUGUGGUUGCAGAAAACGGGUAACACGUAUGGUGCCUUAAAGCAUUUGGCCGCUAUAUAUCAAUGCGUUCCCUGCACUGUAAAUAUGAAUUUUAAAAAAUCUUUUGAUGAACAAGUACGAGCUCAUCAAAAACGUUUUAUGUUAGUCGGGAGUUUAAUAGAUGCAAUUUUAUUCUUACGUUGUAAUAAUAAGAAUAAGCAUGUAUUGAAAUGUUGA